AUGCUAGUGGAAUUUUUCAGAUCAAUUGGUGCUAAUUGCGAGUGUUUUGGUUAUUUUAGAACUUUUUUUAAGAUUUGGAGUGGUUUUAAUAUUCAUUGUAAUGACUGAAUGUUAACCCUGAAUCAGCACUUUAAGAGUUGAUAUUGAUCUUAUCUCUCAAUUUGGAAUAAUAGUAAGUUUUAAUACAGCUUGUUGGAUAUUUUUAAUUUUUCAUGUGAAUGGUAAAACACUUAAAGCUCAGCAGAACUAUCUUUUUUAAUCACUGUCCUUUUAUAUUUCCCUUCAACAUGGUUAAUCUCAAUCUUUAAUUCUGAAAAUAAAAAAAUGUCAGUGAACUAGAGAAAAUGAGAGACCAGACUUACAUUUCAUCAAAAUUUAUUUUGAAACAAGAAGACUUUGAUAUAUUAUCCUUAGCUGUGCUUAAUAUUCUAGUUUGCACGCAUUUUCCAAGAAUUGAUAUCCCAAUAAAUAUCCUUCACUAAAAUUAUUAAAUCCAUUCUUCUCUGAUACCUAAAAAGGAAAAGUACUAAUCCUUUGAAAAAUGAUUCUCUUGGGUAAAUACUCGUCUGCUCUGAUUUAUGAAGUUUUAGGGAGGUCUUAAGUUUGCCAAAUACCUUAAAAACUCUUAUAAUUCCUUGUGAGUCCACCUCCAAGUUCAAGAUACAGACUUUAAACAACUGAACAGCUGGUUGAAGUUAAAUAUUCAAACUGUGAAAUUUAUUAGGCCAUCAUGGUCAAAUUUCAAGCACACAUCAAAGAUUGUGAUACAAGUGGGGUAAUACUUUUUGCAUAAUAUGCGAUCCAGAUUAUGAAAAUAAAAUUAGCAGAUAACUUAUCGCUUGACUCUGAUUAUUUUAAAUCAGCAGAUAUCUCAAUCUCAAUCUUAAUUUUGCUAUAAAAGUGCUGAUUCCUCUACCAAACUCUUGAGACAUCAU